UCUCCUUGGGCACCGAGAACCGCGUUAAUCAACGCUACGCGAAACCCGAACGUAGCCAUCUUUUUCAAGUCCAAUCAGAUUACAAGGGGGAGGGGGGGAUUCCGAUAUCGCGGGAUUCGCGGGCGGAGGAGACGAUCUAUCAUGGCCGACGCGACGCUUCGAUCGCGAUCGAGAACGUACGUGUCUCGUGAAGCCCGCGUGUCCGCGUAUGGCCUCGAGUGCGUGGCUCCCGUGCGCUCCGCGUGUUUCGUGUAAUCGCGCGACUCACGUCGCGCAUCCAGGGCGUCGGUUGUCUCGCUACACACCAGCAGUUGUGAGCGGUGUGUGCGCGUCUGGAAUAUUGCCCUCUGGUUUUCAGUUUGCUGGAGAAGCUGACGCAGAGGAGGUGAGACGACACGCUCGAACUUUAUUCACAACAUUGCAGAAUGUAUCCUGGAUGUGGCGAAAGAGAAGGAUGCGCAGUUACAUUCGACGUGGGAAUCGGCAAGCUUUUGUUGUCGUUGAUCAUUCUCGUCUCCGGAGACGAGAGCCUCGUCGCCGGAGGCACAGCCGACGGCAGUGGCGUGCCAUCGCAGGUGACCACUGUUCUACAAGCUCAACCGAGCGCCCAGGAGGUCACGGGAGAAAAGAGACUGGGGAAGAGAAGCUACAGCUUGCUCUCCGUGCCCUACGCGAGCACUUACACUCCCGCGCUGCCGUGGUAUCGAUUGGGCGGAUUGAGUAGCUACGGAUUGUACGGCUACGGUUGGUAUCCGGGCUGGCCGUUGUCGUACGGUGGUUGGCACGGUGGUUGGUACAAAGGGUGGUAAAUUUCGAGAUUGAGGCGACUGUCGCUAGGAAAGUACGCAUUCCGAUUUCUUGGCACUUUUUUUAACAUUC